GGGCGUUUCCAGGAAGAGACUCCUUUUACAUGAUCUUGUAAUGGCGGACCAGGCGGAGACUGAAGGAAUCGGCUUCAGCGAUAACAGAAUGGCACAGCAGGCCGUGCGCUUUCGCGGCCCUGCGCCUGCCCCCGCGCCCUCUGUAGUGCCUGCUCCUGUUCAGACUCCCGUGUUACGCGGCCCGCCGCCUCUACUUAGGCCGCCGCCGCCUCCUUUUGGUAUGAUGAGGGGGCCCCCGCCGCCUCGUCCCCCAUUUGCACGUCCACCCUUUGACCCCAACAUGCCACCCAUCCCACCGCCAGGAGGCAUGCCACCCCCUAUUGGACCUCCCCACCUGCAGAGACCUCCAUUUCUUCCCCCUCCUAUCGGCAACCUCCCACCCCCUCCGGGGAUGCUCUUUCCCCCUGGUAUGCCCCCAGUUUCUGCAGCUAGUAGCCCCGCCAUCAACCCUGCUGAGGAGAUCUGGGUGGAGAACAAGACACCUGAGGGCAAGGCGUAUUACUACAACGCUCGCACCAGACAGUCGGCGUGGACAAAACCAGAAAACGUCAAAAUCAUCCAGCAGGCUGAGCUCAACCCUCUACUUGUGGCGGGGGCCGCCACUGCAGCAGCGAGCACCGGUGUGGGCGUGGUGGCGGCGGCUGUCACCUCAAGCGGCAUCAACACGACAGCUAGCACGGCGGUUGAUGCCAUGCCCACUCCUGCCCCCAGCAGCACGCCGUCGUUGUGCACGCUCACCUCCAGCCCUGCCACCAUCACUACAAUGUCCCCCUGUGUGACCAAUGCAGCCAAUAUUGUAGCAGACCUCUCCCCCGUUGUCACGGUGACAUCAUCGGUUGCCGUGUCUCCAGUCACCGUGGUGACGGUGUCCACGAUGCCAUCACAGGUCACAGCGGUGCAGACCGUCCCGCUCUUGCCCGCCGCCCUGCCUCACAGUGUGGCCCAGCCCACCGCAACCAUCUCUGCCUUCCCCCCUGUCAUGGUACCGCCUUUCAGGGUGCCCUUACCGGGCAUGCACAUCCCCCUGCCAGGUGUAGCAAUGAUGCAGAUAGUAGGCGCACCCUGUGUAAAGGCGGGCCCUGGCGCCAACGGAAUGCUGCCCGGCAUGGGCCCGCCUUUGGUCUCCAUGAUGCACCCUCAGCUGGCGCUCUCGGCCGCUUCCGCCUCCAUGGCCGGAGCUCUGCAGCUCCCCGAGUGGUCCGAGUACAAGACGGCCGACGGGAAGACGUACUACUACAACAAUCGCACGCUGGCGUCCACCUGGGAGAAGCCGCUGACACUGCUGGAGAGAGAAAAAGAAGCAGAGAGGGUAAAAGAGCGUCUUGCACAGGAGGAAGCUGAAGCCAUGGAGAUGGAGGAUGAAGACUUAAAGAUCAUAAACAUGAACAACGACAAGCAGGAGCGCAAAGAAGAAGAAAUGACAGAGGAAGAGAAGGCGGCACAGAAAGCCAGACCUGUGGCCACCAACCCCAUCCCGGGAACGCCAUGGUGUGUGGUGUGGACAGGUGACGACCGCGUCUUUUUCUACAACCCCACCACGCGACUCUCCAUGUGGGACCGGCCCGAGGAGCUGGUGGGCCGCACCGACGUGGACAAGCACAUCCAGGAGCCGCCGCAUAAGAGAGGCCUGGAUGACGGCAAGAAGACAGGUUUCAACAAGGAGGACCAUGAGCUCGCCAUUGGUGCUGACGACAUGCACGACGAGGAACAUACCAAAGCCAAAAAGAGAAAGAAGGACGACGGCAAGGAGGCGGACUCUGAGAAGGAAGCCGUGAUGGAGGCGGAGCUGAGAGCCGCCAAAGAGCGAGCAGUGGUGCCGCUUGAGGCCCGCAUGACCCAAUUCAAGGACAUGCUGCUGGAGCGAGGGGUGUCCGCUUUCUCCACGUGGGACAAGGAGCUUCACAAGAUCGUGUUUGACCCUCGUUACCUUCUGCUCAACCCCAAGGAGCGCAAACAGGUGUACGACCAGUACGUGAAGACGCGGGCGGAGGAGGAGAGGAAGGAGAAGAAGAGCAAGCUGAUGCAGGCCAAAGACGAGUUCAGGAGGAUGAUGGAGGAGGCCAGGCUGACGGCCAGGACCACCUUCAGCGAGUUUGCCGUCAAACACAGCCGAGACCCUCGGUUCAAGAGCAUCGACAAGAUGAAGGACAGGGAAGCCAUCUUUGUGGAGUUCAUGAGCGCCUUAAAGAAGCGGGACAAGGAGGACUCCAAGUCCAGAGGAGAGAAGGUGAGGCUGGACUUCUUUGAGCUCCUCAGCGACCAGCACGUGGAAGGAGGCCAGCGCUGGAGCAAAGUGAAGGAGAGGAUGGAGACGGACCCGCGGUACAAGGCCGUGGACAGCUCCGCCCACCGAGAGGAACUCUUCAAGCAUUACCUGGAGAAGCAGGCUAAGAAUCUGGACCUGGACAAGGAGCGCGAGCUGGAGCGCCAGGCUCGUAUCGAGGCCAGUCUGAGGGAGCGCGAGCGUGAGGUCCAGAAGGCGCGAUCGGAGCAGACCAAGGAGAUCGACCGAGAGAGAGAGCAGCACAAGCGAGAAGAAGCCAUCCAGCACUUCAAAGCUCUCAUGUCGGACAUGGUGCGCUCCUCGGACGUCAUGUGGUCGGACACGCGGAGGAACCUGCGCAAGGACCACCGCUGGGAGUCGGCCUCGUUGUUGGAGCGGGAGGAGAAGGAGAAGCUGUUCAACGAGCACGUGGAGGCGCUGACCAAGAAGAAGAAGGAACACUUCAGGCAGCUGCUGGACGAGACCACCAUGAUCACGCUCACCACCACCUGGAAGGAAGUCAAGAAGGUCAUCAAGGAGGACCCUCGCUGUAUCAAGUUCUCCUCCAGCGACAGAAAGAGACAGCGUGAGUUUGAUGACUACAUCAAAGACAAGUUCAUCACUGCCAAAGCAGACUUCCGAACGCUCCUGAAGGAGACCAAGUUCAUCACCUACAGGUCCAGAAAGCUGAUCCACGAGUCAGAUCAGCACCUGAAGGAUGUGGAGAAGAUCCUGCAGAACGACAAGCGCUACCUGGUCCUGGAGUGCGUCCCCGACGAGCGCAGGAAGCUCAUCAUGUUCUACAUCGAAGACCUGGACCGCCGCGGACCGCCCCCUCCGCCCACGGCAUCGGAGCCCACGCGGCGCUCCACCAAGUGACCUCCUCAGCGGGCCGAGAGCAUGACGACGCCCCCCGAUCCCCCGGCCCCCUUCAAGCGAGUCUCUUUUUCGCCAUCGCCAAGCGCUUUGUGGCACACGCGGGGAAACCAGGUCACCGUGCCAAGGGGUGACCUUUGACCCAUCGCCUCUACCUAGCAGAGGGAUGAUGAUGAUGAUGAAGGCUGCCUCCCAAGCAGCUGCACGUGUAUCAUAGACCAUGUAAAUCAACUUUAGUGUGUGAGUGCGUGCGUGUGAGUUGCGUGCACGUGUGUGAGGCGUGCUGAAGCCUUACAGAUCCAAGGUGCCGCUCAAAGUCUGGAAUGUUCCUCGCUGCUCCACUAAAGCAGCCAUUUGUCUCCACGUCCAAAUAAACAAGUUCCAAUGUUUUCUCA